AUGGCCAACAUUGCCAAAGACACUACCCGACGCAACUCAAGCAAUCUCGAACCAGCUUUGACCGCUCCCCAGGCUGAACGUUUGACACCGGUCUUCGAGGAGGAAGUGCAGCCCAACGACGAGACUGAUGACCCGGACCAGGUUUACCGCGAGCUUUAUGGUGACGUUUGGGCGGAAUAUGGACCCGAGGACGAGGACCAGGAUGGAAACGAGCCAAGCGCCGAGAGUCAGGGCCAUGAUGAGCUCGACGGCGAGGACGAGAACAAGGAGGAGCUCGACGAUGAAGAUGUGACCAAGUCUGAGUCCGAGGAUGAAGGCGAACCAGAGCUGGUCCAGGACAGUGAUCUCAAAUCGAUCGAAGAAGACGACAGACCAUUCUGCAACCAUGCUCGGUGCUCUUUCUGCUACGAGCAUUGGCGUAGGCAACACUUCGGCGAGCGCUCACUCCCAUCUCCUCCUGGAACUCCCGAACAAGACGCCGGCAUCCCAGCAGCUCCUGUUCGCGGCGCGAAUCCUCAGCCGCCCGCUGCCGAGCCCCUGCCCGUCUCUCCUCAAGGCGCAUUCUUCUCUCCGAUGCAGCUCGACCCAGACGUGACUUUCGACGCAAACAUCGAGCCGUCUCCAGCAACUGUCUCUCCUCGAACCCAGCGUCCCACGCCGUCAGUCCUGAUCGAUACAUCCAUCCUUCGCGAGCUGCCUCGGCUGACCUUCCGCCACUUCGACCACGCAUACAGUGAAAGCGUCCGCGUCAUCUGGAUACAGAUGAUCGUCGCCACCACAACUUGGUUCACUCAGCAUGCGGGCGAGCAGAUGGAUGCGACUCGCAUGAGGCGGGAGUUCAGGGUGUUGUUAGGAGGGUAUGACCCCUUCGAUGGGAUUGGGGUGGAGGGCGACAUUCUGAGAAGAGCGUUGUUCGCGAUCGAUCGGAGAUUUUUCGUGGCGGCCUUGAUAGAGCGCGCGAUGAGGAUGUGGGAUCUUCAUUUUGGUCCGUUGGAGUGA